UAGAGGCCACGCCCACCUGCCGUUCCGCGCUGGACUCUGUGCGAGUGUGGGAAUUGUUGCGUCCGGUGACCAGACUCCAGAAGGUCCGCUCCGUCGUCUCUCAGGAAUCCCGCGGAUCUCCCCGAAAAUGACGGCGUCUUGUGCGCCGCGCACGGCGCCUCCCUGCCGCCCCGAGAGCCACUUCUCUUCUCUGGGCCUCGUUGGGGUCCUUUUGGGGGCCCUAGUGCUCCUGCUGCCCGUGUUCUCCGAUGCCUGUGGUGAUCCGCCAAGAUUCAAUUCUAUGAGGGUGAGGGGUGUUGCUCAAUCUUCUUAUAGGCCUGGAGACACAAUAGAAUAUGAGUGUCGUCUAGGAUACACGCUCAAGAGACCUCCUCUUGCCACCUCUACUGUCUGUCAGCCUGAUAACACAUGGACGCCUCUCCAGGAGGCUUGUACAAGAAAAUUGUGUUUACAACCAGGAGAACCCAUAAAUGGAGAAGUAAGAUAUGUAAAUGGAACUUUGGAGUUUGGUUCACAGAUUCACUAUGCUUGUAAUGAGGGUUUUAACUUAAUUGGACAAAAAAUUCUAUAUUGUGAACUUGUUGGAGAAACUGUGAAUUGGAGUGACAAUCCCCCAUUAUGUCAAGUGAUGUCUUGUAGCCCACCUCCAAAAAUACAAAAUGGAAAAUACACCAGAAGUGACCAGGAGGAAUUUAGCUACAAUGAUGUAGUAACUUAUAGUUGUGAUCCUUCCAAUGGACCAGAUGAAUAUUCACUUGUUGGAGAGAGCAGGCUCGUUUGUUCUGGGAAUGACAAAUGGAGUAGUGACCCUCCUGAGUGUAAAGUGGUCAAAUGUGAACAUCCAUUACUCGAAAAUGGAAGACUGGUAUCAGGAUUUGGAAAAAAAUUUUACUACAAAGCAACGGUUGUAUUUGAAUGCGAAGAGGGUUUUUACCUCAGUGGCAGCAACACAGUGGUCUGUGGUGCUAACAGUACUUGGGAGCCUGCGAUGCCAACGUGCAUUAAAGUGUCAACUCUUCCCAGUACAAAACCUCCAGUUUCCAGUGUCUCAGUGUCGACUCUUCCCAGUACAAAACCUCCAGUUUCCAGUGUCUCAGUGUCGACUCUUCACAGUAGAAAACCUCCGAAGUGCAGUGUGUCAGGACAUCCCAGUUCCGGUGAUGAAUCACCACCACUUAAAAACGUGAAAACUUUAGGUGGAGGAAUCAUUGCUCUGAUUGUUGUUACUUUGUUGGCAUCGCAGUAAUUGGCACCUGCCUGUACAAAUUUCUGCACACCGGGAAGAGAGGGUAAAUUAAAGCUUGCUUCUUCUAACUUAUUGGUUCUUCUCAUUCUUGACAUACUUUUGUGCAGCUUUUGUUUGUACUCCAUAUUGCAGGCCUUCUUUUUUAAAAAUGUGCCUAUGGGGCUGGUCCAGUGGCACAGUGGUUAAGUUCGCUCGCUCUGCUUCUGCGGCCCGGGAUUCACAGGUCGUGAUCCUGGCCACAGGCCUGCACACCAUUUAUCAAACCAUGCUGUGGCAGGUGUCCUUCAUGUAAAGUAGAGGAAGAUGGGCGCAGAUGUUAGCCCAG